AUGAGAAAAAUCCUAUCCUGUCGAUGCUUUCGGCGACUUAGUAAGAACUGCACGGAGAGUGAUGCAUUCUUAAUUUUCGAAUUAUUUGUUAAAAGAUCAUUAUUUGAUUGA